AUAUACUGUUAUAGACUUUUGAGCCGUUAAAUACAGAUAGAUGGAAAGGCAUAACAUAUAUUGGAUAUUAACGUUAAUCCUCCAUUGGAUAGCUAUUAAUCCAACGGAAACUUAUAUAACAUGGAUCGCUACAAGAUUACCCUUAAAAGUUAUUAUAUAAUAUAAACAAAUUUAAUCAAAAAGUACAAAGAAAAUUAGAUGACGUUAUAAAUGAAAAAAAAUAGAAUUUUGAUUAUAUGGGUUUGUGUGUGUGUUUUUUUUUAUUAUAGGGUAAUCCUUCGCCGCCGGGUUCCCCUUGGCCUCUGCCUCAAAAGUGGAUGAAUUCAACGUCGCUCCUAACCUUUUCUCUCCCAAUAACGUUCACAAGCACGUUUUCGUGUGAUGUCAUCGACGAGGCAAAGAAGAGAUACGCUAAUCUAAUAAAUAGGCAACUAGAAGGCGGAAAACCAGUUGAUGGGAUAAAAAGGUUGGGAACAGUUCGAUUACAAAUCGAAAAUAGAACUUGCCAAAAUUCUUAUCCCAAUAUACAAUCUAACGAAGCUUGUAAGCCAAGAAAUUAUCAAUUCUAAAUAAAAUAAAGUUUAUAAGUAAAUCAACAAUUCUCUCUCUCUCUCUCUCUCUCUUAAGAUUCCAUACAUAUCGUUGAAGAUGAGAGUGUCAUCCGUUCGGUAACGAUUUGGGGAAUGUUGAGAGGUUAUAUCAUCAAAUUCUAAUUAUUUGAGUUUCCUUAAGUAUACAUCAUUUCAAUUCUACCCUCUUAAUUUGUCUAUCUAGGUUUAGAAACUUUCAGCCAACUAGUCUAUAAGCGCAACAAAGACGCUGGGAACCUGAUCAAUGUAACGAAUAUUGAAGAUUACCCUAGAUAUGCCCAUAGGGGCGUAAUGCUUGAUACUGCUCGACAUUUUAUGCCUAUGAAAACCAUUACUAAAAUUCUCGAUGCUAUGUCAUAUAACAAGUUCAAUGUGUUCCAUUGGCAUGUAGUUGACGAUCAAUCCUUUCCCUAUACACUGAGAAAGUUUCCGGAAAUGGCUGAAAAGGGCGCUUAUCACCCGAAACUUGUUUAUACUAGGGAUGAUAUUGAAAGGAUAAAGAGGGAAGCUAGAUUAAGAGGAAUUCGAGUAAUUCCCGAAUUUGAUACACCCGGUCAUACUUUUUCUUGGGGUAAGUCUUUCCCAGAGCUAUUGACCCCUUGCUGGGGCCAAGGUCGUCCUGAUACGCCAAAUUAUCCCCAUCAUGGGCCUCGAGAAAUAAUAAACCCAACCUUGGAAAGUACAUUUGAUUUUAUGAGAGAUCUUUAUAUGGAAAUAAGAGACGAUUUUCCGGAUGAGUACGUUCAUUUAGGAAUGGACGAAGCUUAUUACGCAUGCUGGCAAUCGAGUCCAAACGUCUCAGAUUGGAUGUCAAAAAGAAACAUGUCGACGUACAAUCAAAUAGAACAGUAUUAUUCAGAGAGACUAAUUAAAAUAGUUGACAAAAUAGGCCUAAAGUCAAUAGUAUGGCAAGAUCCCCUUGAGAAUAACGUAACAUUUAAUAAAGAGACGAUUAUACAAGUAUGGAAAGAUAAGAAGAACGAUGUUAAUAAUCCUUCAGUUAAAAAUUGGGAAGAAUACGCUCAAGAAGUUGCUAAAUUGGGUUACAAUUUUAUUCUCUCUUCUCCAUGGUAUUUAAAUAUGAUAAGCUAUGGACAGGAUUGGAGGAACUACUAUGAAAUUGAGCCAACAGAUUUUACAUCUAAUGAAAACGAAAAGAAACUGGUAAAAGGAGGAGAAGCAUGUAUGUGGGCAGAGUAUGUUGAUGGUACCAAUAUACACUCAAGAAUAUGGCCAAGAGCAUCGGCAAUAGCAGAACGUCUUUGGAGUGCUAAAAAUGCUGAUAAUAUUGAAGAUGCUAAAUUUAGAUUAGACGAGCAUCGUUGCAGAAUGAUAAGACGUGGAAUACCUGCCCAACCUAUAUUGAACGGUCAUUGUAAUGGAGAAGAAUGGGAGUACGAAAGCAAGGAACAACCGCCACAACAAUCUGUAGCAAUUUCCAAUUAUUACAAUGCCAUAUUGAUUACGUUAAUUAUUACUAAUUUCUUUUCCUCAUUCAUUCUAUCAAGAUAAAGAGAGACUACAUUGAUUUUCCAAUUAAAUCCUCUUUAUAAGGGACAAAAACAAAAUCGUAAAGAUAUAUGUUUUAUAAAAAGGUUAAUAUACUUAAUUUGCCAUACGUGCUAAAAGUGACCAAAUUAUAUCUUUUAUUUACAUAAGAAUACAACAAAUACUAGUAUUCUCUUUUCUCUUUUUCAUGCUAAGGUAUAUUCAUGUUUUACUGGUGACUAUUCACAAUAAAGGAAAUAUAGCAUAGGAUGAAUAAUAAAAGGAAAUUCUGAGUUGCACGGAUUACUAUGACGCUUUUUGUGCAAAAGUUUUUACGUAUAAUUUAUUAUAGUGUUGCUUUGCUUUGACUUUACAUAUUAGUAUUAAUAUGAUAUACGUAUAUACAAAUCCUAUAUCUCCAUAUAUAUUUCAAUGAAAUUGAUAAGAUAUAAUCGAUUGCGACCAAUUGAUACUAAAUAACUGUUGAUAUUAAUAAUCUAUAUAAUUACCGCGUCAAUCAGUUAUAUUAUAACAUCUAAUAUUAAUUAAAUAAGAUUUAAUGGAUAUAAAUAUUUAGAUAUAUUGUAAAAUAAAGUCAGUUUACGACUUUUCUUUAGUUAGUAAUUAUGUGUUUUCGUGAUUUUGCGUAGACCAUUAAGAGGGGAAAGAAAAUUCAUACACCAUAUAUUCACAUAUUAUAUACAGUAUAUAAAAAUGUAGCAUUUAUUUUUACGCAUUUAUUUACAUACAUAAAAAAAAUCUUUAAAAAUCGAUCACCGAGUAGGAAAACAAUGAAACACCUGUUAGCACGGAAAGUGAAAUAGAGCGAACGGAACGGAGAGCGAAAGAAGGAGAUAUCGAAUUAUUUUGGUAGGAGUGGUUUAUUUUUCUUUAUUCGUCGUAUGACAUUAAUGUUCCUUUUGUUCCAAUUUUUACACUCCUUCAUUCAAUUCCACACGUAUUCUAAAACUUGUUAGUAUAAUAAAGUUACUUAGAUUUUUUGUUUGAUACUUAAAAUUCAUAAAAAGAAACUUAUAGUCUAC